AUGGAUUUAACACGAUCCAGACCAUGUCAGGCUCUCUUACGACUAACACGAGCGCAAAAUACACCUCAAAUAGGAAACACUACACCGGCACAAAAUGCACCAGCUAUAGAAGGUGAUCUCAUUUCAUUUGAUAAAAAUCCACCGACAUAUCAGCCGAGAGAAGUAAAUGUGCCGGCAGUCGACCCGGAGAUAGGACCCAGUAUAGAACGAAACAAAACUAUCUUGAUUUAUAAAAAUAUACCAAAUGGACUUGAGUUUCAUGAUGCAAAUAAUGAAGAAACAACAAUAGAAGCAUAUAAAAGAAUUAAUAAAGAAUCGGAGGCUAUAGCAGAAAAAACAAAUGGACAAGUUGAUAUGCCAACAACUGGUGCUCUAGUAUUCGCUGAAAGAUAUGAAGGAGAAGCUAUUCGAUAUGAUGUAAACUCAAUGUAUGUAUAUGAAAUGUUAAAGAGGCAUCAUGGCCAGGGUACUUUAUGUGAGCAAAGAAAUGGACAAAAUUAUGGUACACAUCCACGAAUAAAACCAUUCUUAUUAGCAUCAGCACGAAAAGAAUAUCAGAAAUUGUGA